GCGUCAGCCUCCUGAGUGCUGGGAUCACAGAUGUGUGCCACUAAGCCCUGUUUACAUGUUUUAAUGUGAAGUGGGGGACAGAUGCUUGGGCUCCUGAGCAAAGUGCUUGGGACCUUAAUGGAUAGGUGGGCCCUGGAGGUUAGAUUUAUGAGUCAGGGAGAGGGGCAGAGCAGGGCUCUUGAUGAGGUGGGUGCGGCUUUCUAUAUGGAACCCUUGGGAUGAGUUGGGUGAGGUUGGAAGGUUCAGCUACUGGCCUGCCAGGAAGGAGUUAAGUGAUUGCUAUCCCUCAGCAGGGCCUCAGGUUACCUGGGUGCAGGUUCCUCUAGGAAGGGGUGGAGCCAACUUUGCCUCUGGGACUCAGGCCUGGCCGAGGUCUGCUGAGGAGGUCUGCGGAACACUGUCGACUAGGGAAGGGGCUUUAUUGGGUGUCCUCUCCCAACCUUCUGUCUCCAAGCCCCCAGCUAUGUCCUUGUCCUCAUCUCUGGCCCCUAGAGUCCCCUCAGAGCCCUUCAGCCAUCCUCCCGGAGCCCCUAGGGAGCCGGAUGUUGCCGGAUGCACCAUCCGCCCUGCACCGGGAGAGGAGACAAUCAGGGGCCAGUCCAUAUCCUUUACCUCCAGGCCAGAGCAGGCCCAGGACUCCUUAGACCCUUCUGAGUACCUCCAUGGUGGACUGAGAGGCACUGAGCCUGCUGCCAGCGCCCCCCGCACACCAGCACCCUCUUUUCAUGAGCAGCCAGCUGGGAGCAAGCUCCACGAGCGCCCUGUCUCUGGCCACGAAGUGUUGGAAGCUGAGCAUGACAGCCUGCAGCUCUGCCUGCUGGGGCUGGGCCUCCGACUGCAGGACCUGGAGCAGGGCCUCAGGCCCUGGACACUGGCUCAGAGCGGGAUGGCCCAGUUGCAGGCCCUGCAGGCAGAGCUACGAGGGGCAGCAGAACGUGUGGAUGCACUGCUGGCAUUUGGUGAGGGGUUGGCACAGCGAAGUGAGCCCAGGGCCUGGACAUCUCUGGAGCAGAUCCUGAGGGCCCUCAGAGGCCACCGAGAUACCAUCUUCCGACGGCUCUGGCAGCUGCAGGCCCAGCUGGUCAGCUAUAACCUGGUGUUCGAGAAGGCCAACCCGUUGGACCAGGACUUGGUGGCUGAAGGGGAUUCAGAUGGGCCAGGACCUGGUGGAGUCUGGGGGUCCUGGGCACCCAGUAACCUCCCCACUCCUGCAGAGCUGGAGUGGGACCCAGCAGCGGAUGUUGGGGACCUUGGGCCCUUGGGGCAAAAGACAGCCUGGGCUCCAGGGACUCCCUGUGAACUGUGUGGCCAGAGGGGCCCCCAGGGCAGGGGACAAGGCCUUGAGGACAUGCUUGUGCCGGGGCCCAGCCACUGGGAACACUUAGGAUGUCACCGAAGACGCUCUCUGCUCUGGAAGCCUCAGGACAAGAAGAGGCAAGCGUCUCCCAGUCUCCAGGACACGAAGCUGGAGGUUGAUAAUGGGGACCCCACUCCUGCAUCUAGGAGGCCCAGGACCUUUCUCCUUGUCCUCCUCUUCCUUGUCCUGGUGGGUGCCACGUUGCUCUUGCCCAUUUCUGGGGGCCCCUGCUGCUGUCAUGCCAGACUGGCCAGAACACCCUACCUGGUGCUCAGCUACGUCAAUGGUCUCCCUCCAGUCUGAGUACCCAGCCCAGACAUGAGUAAUAAAUGGUCACUGUCAAA